UACUUUUACAAUAGUAGAACAGUAGUAGUAGUAGUAGUAGUGAUGGUGGUGGUGAUGGUAAUAUUGAUAAUAGUAGUAGUAGUAGUAGUAGUAAUAGUAGUAGUAGUGAUGGUGGUGGUGGUGGUGGUAGUAAUAUUGAUAAUAAUAGUAAAGUAGUGUAGUAGUAGUAGUAGUAGUAGUAGUAGUAGUAGUAGUAGUAAUAAUGGUGGUGAUGAUGGUGUUAGUAAUAUCGGUAGUAGUAGUAGUAGUAGUAGUAGUAGUAGUAGUAGUAGUAGUAGAAGAAGCAGCAGCAGCAUAUGUUUGUUAAUGGAAUCGGCAGCGAUAAGGUCAUCUCCCCCAUCCUAACAAAAUAAUACAACGGUAAUCGGUAAUAAGUCAUCAAUGAAGUUUCACAUUACAAUAACCUGUAACAUGGAAUCAUAAAUAUUCCUCAUAUCACAUCAUUAAGUCGUUAAUAAUAACAAAAACUUAACUAUUGUAAUAUACAAUUAUAUAUAACACAAAAAUAAAACGAAUAUCCCCCGUAACAUUUCAUAAACCACAAUACAAAAUAACAAGCCUGAGUGCCCAGUUCUCUUGCAGUGCUUUUAUUUAGUGUUUUCUUUUCUGUAGUGUUAUUAAUCCCCAACCUAUGUUCGUGCGCCCCUAUGCACUGUUUUGUAACCAACCUUUCUUUAAUAAACUGUUAAACUGCGACUGAUGUACAGGCACAGUACAAGGUUUUCGGUACAGGUCAGAGUACGUUUCAGAAAAGAUGAGAUUGCUAUUUUUGCUGUUCGAACUUUCUUAGGUUUCGAGACGUGAGCUCGAGGCGAUGAAGGGUUGAGCCUGAGGGACUUCCCAUUUUUCAGUGUGUGUGUCGUGGUGGCGAGGAGCGGUGGUGUAGCUUCCUUGCUACUCGGAAAAAAUGGCACUGGAAAGAAUGGCACAGGAAAAAAUGGCACAGGAAAAAAUGGCACAGGAAAAAAUGGCACAUUGUUUAGCCUAGGAAAAAAUGGCACACAAGCAUAUACACCGAUAUCUGAAACUGGAUAAUUAUUAUUAUGUUAUAAGUGUUCGAAGCCUAUAUUGUUAGGUUAUAAGUGUUCGAAGCCUAUAUUGUUAUGUUAUAAGUGUUCGAAGCCUAUAUUGUUAUGUUAUAAGUGUUCGAAGCCUAUAUUGUUAUGUUAUAAGUGUUCGAAGCCUAUAUUGUUAUGUUAUAAGUGUUCGAAGCCUAUAUUGUUAUGUUAUAAGUGUUCGAAGCCUAUAUUCGAAAUCGAUCAGAAGUUUUCUUGGCUCACGUUGUGAAUAAUUUGAUUAGUGGACUCUGUGGACUUUUUUUGCGAUGGAAAUUAUCGAAAGCAACAAGGGAGGUCUCAAACUGUGUUACAGUGGAUACAUGUAUACCAAGCAGUGGUCAAGAGGUAAAACGGUGCGGUGGAGGUGUGUCAAGCGAACACUUUCAUGUAAAGGGGCAUUAACAACAUCUCUUCAAAAUGAAAACCCAACACUUUUAACAGAACACAAUCAUGAUGGUGACGAAAGUGCUAUUGAAGCAGCCAAGUGUAAGUCUAGAAUGAAAACAUUAGCAAAAACUACCAGAGAUAAACCUGGUCAAAUAUACGCCCAAAAUGCCUUAACCAUGAGAACCCAAGCGCAGGCUCAUUUCGUAUCACAAGAACAUUGUAAACGACUGAUUCGGCAUCACCAAAGCGCCAAUCAGCCUCGCGACCCUGCUUCAUUACAGGAACUUGUUAUCUCGGGAGAAUGGGCAUCAACAGGUGGACCAGAACCACAACCGUUCCUGAUUUAUGACAAUGGUCAAGACAGUAACAAUCGCAUUAUUGUUUUUGCAAGUGAACAGACCCUACGACAUUUAGCAAAAUCAGACAUCUGGAUGAUGGAUGGAAAUUUUGCCAUGGCCCCUCCUAAGUUUACACAAUUGUAUGUAAUUCGUGUUCCUCUCGGAAACACUGCUGUCUCCGUUGUUUAUGCAUUCCUUCAACACAAGACUCAAAACACCUAUGAACAACUUUUUACGGCAGUUCUUGAGAAAUGUGCAGAGUACCACCUGUAUCCAGACCCUAGAACCGUUAUGCUUGACUUUGAACAAGCAACUCUACAGGCCAUCACGGCAAUACUGGGAUCGGAAGUUACUAUUCGCUGCUGCUUCUACCAUCUGACACAGUCAUCAUGGACAAAAAUACAAGAGUUAGGGCUGGCAACUGUGUACAAGGAAAAUGAGGAUAUAAAGUUGUUCUGUGCUAUGGUCGACAGUUUAGCUUUCCUUCCCCUAGAGGAUGUGUCUGCCGGCAUGAAUUACCUCAAACACAACACACCAGAGGGCAUGGAGCCUUUCGUCACUUACUUCGAUCAGACCUACGUAACGGGAACUUAUCGACGAGUCCAAAGACAGCAAGAUGACAAUGAGAUCCCAAGAGUUCAGCUCCGCCUCAUUCCUCCACGGUUUCCUCCAGAAAUCUGGAAUGUGCAUGAAGCAACUAUUCGAGACGAGUCUCGCACGAACAACUUAUGUGAGGGAUGGAACAAUCGAUACAGCAGGUUGGUUGGUCACAGUCACCCAACAAUAUGGCGGGCAAUCCAGUGGAUCCAAGCUGACCAUGCUGUUGUAGCUACCCAGUUGGUGCUAGAAUCUCGUGGCGAGCCUCCCAAGAAACGGCAGAAGAGGGUGUACAAGAAUCUACAAACACGAAUGAAGAACCUCUGCCAAGAUCGCCGUGAUGGUCGCAAAUCAGUUGAGUUUUUACAUGGAGCGGGUCACAACAUUCGAUGGAAGUCCUAAGCAUUAUAAGAAAAGUCAGUAAAAUGUAUAGAAAUAAAGUGUGAACAAAUUUUAGCUGAUUGUACUGUCUGAUUGUAUCGUUUUUAGCUUGAGUUUUUUUUUAGCACAUUUUGUACUGUGCCAUUUUUUCCUAGACUAAACAAUGUGCCAUUUU